AGCAAUGUUUACCAAACUUUACUGAUCCAAGGAAAACAUUGUACAUUAGAAGAAGUUGCUUGUAUACUGAACUACAUGGAUUUAUUAUGUAGUUUAUGCCAUCUAGUGGAAGAGCAUUUCAUUGUUGUUCUUGUUGCUAUAUACCAGUGAUUUCCAACCUUUAUGGAGCCAAGGCACAUAUUUUACAACUUAAAAAUCUCACAGCACACCAACAAACAAAAAUGUCACAAAAAGUGGAUACAUUAAUUACUGUAUCUACUUCCUGCCAUCUAAUAGAAAAGCAUUUAUUUGUUCUGUCUGUCACUAUGCCUCACUGGCAUAAAUAGAUGAACAAAGAUAGACAUUAUUUCUUGUAAAUAAAUAAUAUUUUUAGCAAUUACAUAAAAUUAUAUAAUUUCCCAUGGCACACCUGAAGAGCGCUCACGGCACACUGUGCCCCGCCCGGCGCACUGGUUGAGAAUCACUGCUAUAUAACAUUGGCAUUCACAGAUGAACAAAGUGGGGCUGAAACGGUUUAAAGUUUGGGAUCAUUUCACACUUCAAAAUAGAAUGUUAACAUCAACACAAAGUUACAUACCGAUUUUACAUUUAUACACAAAUUUAUCAGAAUCAUCUUUAUUUGCCAAGUAUGUCCAAAAAACACACAAGGAAUUUGUCUCCGGUAGUUGGAGCCGCUCUAGUACGACAACAGACAGUCAAUUGACAGAGAACACUUUUGAGACAUAAAGACAUUGACAAAAAAAAAAAAAAGUCACUGAGCAGUAAAGGGUUGCUAGUUAUCUGGUAAUGCCGGUACAUUUUUUUACCUUUUUUUGACAAUUGUGCAAAAGGAUGCAGAGUCCUCUAGCACUGAGAGCAGUUCGAAUGACUAAUAUUGCAAUAGUCCGGUGCAAUGACCAUUGUGCAAAGGGCGCCGAGACUUCAAGGAGUGUAUGCGCUUUGAAGUGACAAUUAGUGUGAUAAUCUGGGACAAUGUUGGUUGUGCAAAUGUUGCAGAUACUCCUCAAUCAGUGUGCAAGUGGGGCAGAUGCUACUCUGGCAUGAGUGGCCAGUAUUGGUCAACAACAGAUAUGCAAAUAGUGCAGCGUGGCGAGACAACUACAGUGAGUGCACGAGUAAUGUAUAAUUGGCCCCACGGAAAUGUGACAACGAACUCAAGUCAAAAAAUUGCCAGCAUGUUGUAAUGGAGGCGGCACGGUGGACGACUGGUUAGAGCGUCAGCCUCACAGUUCUGAGGUGCUGGGUUCAAUCCCCGUCCCCGCCUGUGUGGAGUUUGCAUGUUCUCCCCGUGCCUGCGUGGGUUUUCUCCGGGCACUCCGGUUUCCUCCCACAUCCCAAAAACAUGCAUUAAUUGGAGACUCUAAAUUGCCCGUAGGCAUGAGUCUGAGUGCGAAUGGUUGUUUGUUUGAAUGUGCCCUGCGAUUGGCUGGCAACCAGUUCAGGGUGUACCCCGCCUCCUGCCCGAUGACAGCUGGGAUAGGCUCCAGCACUCCCGCGACCCUAGUGAGGAGAAGCGGCUCAGAAAAUGGAUGGACGGAUGUUGUAAUGGAAUUGUAGGUUAGGUGUUUAAGAAGUUGAUCGCAAGAGGGAAGAAGCUGUUGGAAUGUCUGCUAGUUCUAGUUUGCAUCGCUCCUUAAUCAAAAAACUGACGCCUAGUGACUUGAAACGCAGGCUGGCUAACAUUAUGGUUAGCAAGUUGACAGCCAGUCGGUAACCUGAGCAAACAAUAGCCACUCUCGCUCGGUGACUCCCACGUCACUCACCAGGCCAGGUACUGCUUUCUAAAGCCAUUAUACUACACUGUAGAAUGUGAGUAUGGUGACCCGAAGUGGACUAAAAUAUCUGCACCUCACAUGCAAAUUUGUUGUUUCUGUUGCAAAAUAAAAUGUAUCUGAGUAAUUGACGAGGUAAUGGGUAGAAUACUUCAAAAAAUAUUUGUUAGCUGGUGCCCUUAGGACAAAGAGAUUAUUUGUAGUCAUUAUUAUUUGUGUAUAUUAAGUGAAAUUGGAUAUUUUAUUCAUGGUAUAAUGUCACAUUACAUAACGGAAUAAUUUUUGGAAAACAAAUUCAAAUUCAACUAUAGUUUAAUACUGUACAGCAUGAUGAAAGCUAUUCCUCUGCUUCCCUCUUUAGAAAGAGAUCUGCCCUUCAGCUUUGUUUCUGAAAAGGAUGUUGCAUCCACUUCUGAUGUCUGGUGCCAGAAGGCGUUUGUCUUCCGAGAUCAGGAUGGUCAAAAGUUCUCAAUACGUCCAGUUAAAACUGAACAGGCCCAUCACAGUGGAGAACAAGGUUUGGGGGUAUACGGGGGCCAAGACUCUGCCUUAAAUAUUCUCUGUGUGGACAGGUCUACCCAACAAUACAAUGAAUUAGAAAUCCCAUCUUCAGGUUUGAAAGCACUCAGGUCAAGGAAAAAGCAACUUGGCAAGAAACCUUUGAGUUUAAAUGGAAAACGGAAACCUGCCAUUCAGAAUGACACAGGAGCGUAUACCUGUCAAGUAUGUGGAAAGACUUUCCAUUACAUCUACACUCUAAAAUCCCACGUGUGGACUCAUUUGAGAAAUGGGUCCCUUUGUGGGAUUUGUGGGAAACUGGAAACAAAUGACACAGAGAGUUUACUGCGACAUCUGGAGAGCCACAUGGUGAGGAAGAAAUGUGGAUUGUGUGGCAAGCAAUUUUCUAGUGCGGCCCAGUUGAAAAAUCAUUGGAGAGUUCACAGAGGAAACCCUCCAAAUCUCAUGUCAUUAUCUUAGAACCCCUUUUACCGCUUGCAUUCAUGAGGGUCGUGGGUGAGGGGCAGGGCACAAAUAGACAAGCAACCAUUCACAAUCACGCCAAUGAGCAAUCCGAGUCUUCGUUGAACCUAACAUACAUGUUUUUGGAAUAGAGGAGAAAGCCAGAGUACCUGGAGAAAACCUACACGAUCACAGGGAGAACAUGCAAACUCCACGCAGGAAGGCCAGAGCUGAAAUCAAACCCUGAACCUCAGAACUUUGAGACAGAUGUGCUAAACACUGCACUGUGCGACCACAUCUAAGAACCCAUUAAUUAGAUUUUCAUUUUAUGUAUAUUGUGGAUUAAUAAAUGAAGUUGUAAAUUAGUCGUAUUUUUUAAUAUUGUGACAAAUGAUACAAAUCAGCUUCCUCAGUGUGUGUUUACGCUCAAGUGUUGGGAAAUUAGUGUAGUUUUUAUUUCUUUUGGUUUAAAUGGUUACAUUCUGUUCACUUUGGUUUGAAAUGUAACAGUAAAGAGCAAUUUGAAAAAAAAUAUUUUUAAAUCACGUAUCACUUAACAUUUUGACUUAUUAAAUGUUUUUUCUUAUUAAUAAAUGUGGCUACCAUGAUGAGUUUCUACCAGGGGUGGGUAAAAUUGUGUUCAGGGCCAUCAUUUUAUUUUUAAAUAGACGGAAGGGCCAGGACACUCUUAGAUGAGGUUUAUACAUUUUCUUUUGUGUAUGAAAAUAUUUUUGAUAAUUGCUUUUAAUUGCAUUUAUAAUUCUUGUAAUUAUAAUUAACCAAUUAUUAAAUAAGUGGAAGAUAAUUAAUUUUUGAAUUUACUGAUCGUAUUUACAAAAUGUCAGUUCACCAAUUAUUUAAAAGAAAUAAUGUAAUAAAAACAUUUUUAUAACCAAUUGGGGAAAAGUCCUCGACGCGACGAACAUAUAAGUAGUUACAAUUUUGUGGGCCUCGUACAUGCUUGCGUCUGUUGUGAAUUUACACGUUUGAAAUAUUAAAAAUAAACGCAGAAAAUGUCCAGGUUAUGUUUCGUGCCGUGGACUGGUCUUUCCGUGGCAGGAAGGAAGUUUUUUUUGGGAGGAGGCGGGGGUCUCCGUGUUCAUUCAGUAUUCUCCCCCCCCGGUUAGUCCUGAGCAGUUACCGGGCAGAUUUACUACCUCCCUUUCCUUAAACUGGGGAUUAUGGCUGUGAUGAAGCUACAAGAGCAGCCAUCCUUGCUCAGAGCCAUCUUCAAUGAGGAUCCAGAGGAAGUUCGGGCCCUCAUAUUCAAGAAAGAGGAUGUCAAUAUUCAGGAUACUGAAAAGCGGACACCACUACAUGCUGCAGCCUACCUGGGUGGCACUGAGAUCAUUGAGCUGCUCAUUCUCUCAGGAGCCAGAGUUAAUGCCAAAGAUAACAAGUGGUUGACUCCUCUUCACCGUGCUGUGGGUUGGUGCAGUGAGGAUGCCGUGGCUGUGUUGCUGAAGCACAGCGCCGAUGUCAAUGCCAGGGACAAGAACUGGCAGACGCCACUCCAUGUUGCGGCGAGUAACAAGGCUGUGCGCUGUGCUGAGGCACUGGUCCCGCUGCUUAGCAAUGUCAAUGUGUCUGACCGGGCAGGACGCACUGCUCUGCACCACGCUGCCUUCAGUGGAGACACAGAGAUGGUGAAGUUGCUACUGUCCAGAGGGGCUAACAUCAAUGCGUUUGACAAGAAGGAUAGGAGGGCCAUCCAUUGGGCUGCCUACAUGGGUCACCUGGAGGUAGUUAAGUUACUGGUGAGCAGUGGAGCAGAGGUGGACUGUAAGGACAAGAAGGCUUACACCCCGCUGCAUGCAGCUGCCUCCAGCGGGAAGAGUAGUACUGUACACUACCUGCUGGGCCUAGGGGUCCAGGUGAAUGUGGUCAAUGCCUAUGGUAACACACCACUCCAUUUGGCGUGUUAUAAUGGGCAGGAUGUGCUGGUCAGUGAGCUCAUCAAGGCUGGGACUAGUGUCAACCAGGUCAAUGAGAGGGGGUUCUCUGCCCUCCACUUUGCCUCCUCCUCACGCCAAGGGGUGCUGUGCCAAGAGCUGUUGGCCCAUGGAGCACACAUAAACAUGCGGAGUAAGGAUGGAAAGACUCCCCUCCAUAUGGCAGCUACCCAUGGCAGGUUCUCCUGCUCUCAGGCCCUCAUUCAAAAUGGAGCUGAGAUUGAUUGUGCGGACAGGGACAGAAACGCUGCCCUUCACAUUGCCGCACGCUAUGGCCAUGAGCUCAUCAUCAAAGCUCUCGUCAAACACAGAGCCUCCAUUUCCAAGAGAGGUAUUCACGGGAUGUUCCCGCUGCACCUGGCAGCUCUCACAGGCUUCCCUGAUUGCUGCAGGAAGCUGCUGUCCUCGGGAUUUGACAUUGACACGCCCGAUGAUUACGGAAGGACCUGUCUACAUGCUGCUGCAGCUGGAGGGAACCUGGAGUGCCUGAAUUUGCUGCUUAACAUAGGAGCAGACUUUAACAAAAAAGACAACUAUGGAAGGACUCCACUUCAUUAUGCAUCAGCCAACUGUAAUUACCACUGUGUGUUUGCCCUGGUGGGCUCCGGGGCUAGCGUCAAUGAGCUAGACCAGAGAGGCUGCGGCCCUCUGCACUACGCUGCUGCAGCUGACAGUGAUGGAAAAUGUGUGGAGUACCUUUUGAGGAACAAUGCUGAGCCAGGAGUAAGGGACCAACAGGGGUACAGUGCAGUCCACUAUGCCUCAGCCUAUGGCCGCACGCUCUCUCUGGAGCUGAUGGCAAGUAAAACUCCUCUUGACGUGUUUAUUGAGUCAUCAGGAACAGACUUCCCUAGUAACUCUGAGUGCUAUGGGCAGAUCAGCCCACUUCACUUGGCGGCUUAUCAUGGACACUGCGGAGCCUUAGAAGUCCUCUUGACCUCCCUGCCGGAUGUGGAUGUCCGUAACCACCAAGGCUGCACGCCUCUCAGCCUGGCCUGCUCCAGAGGCCACCAGGAGUGUGUCUCGCUCCUGCUUCACCGCGGCGCCUCGCCCAUGACCUGUGACCACUCACACAAAAUGACCACUCUCCAUGCUGCAGUUACAAAUGGCCACUCAGGGUGCCUGCGUCUCCUCAUGAGCAACAAUGACCAGCACAUCAAUUUGGAUGCACUAGAUGUCAACAAGCAAACCCCGUUGAUGUUGGCUGUGCUGAAUGGACACACUGAGUGUGUGUAUUCGCUGCUAAGUCAAGGAGCCAGCGUCCAGGUUCAAGACUGCUGGGGCAGGACGGCCCUCCAUCGAGGGGCGGUGACAGGCCAGGAGGAGUGUGUGGAGGCUCUCCUUCAGCGAGGGGCCAGCGCAUGUGUGAAGGACAUUCGCGGUCUCUCCCCUCUUCACUUGGCGGCCGCCUGUGGUCGUGUGGGCGUCCUCGGCGCUAUGCUACAGGCGCCUGGCACUUCUAAUGGUCUCUCGCAACUCACUGACAACAAAGGCUACACACCGCUGCAUUGGGCCUGCUACAGCGGAUGUGAUGCUUGUGUUGAGUUGCUGUUAGAGCAGGAAGUCUUCAGAAAGAUAAAAGGCAACACAUUCAGCCCAUUGCACUGUGCAGUUAUGAAUGACAACGAAGGAGUGGCAGAGAUGUUAAUCGACUCCCUCGGCGCAAACAUCAUCAACUUCACCGACUCCAAGGGCAGGUCCCCGCUUCACGCCGCCGCUUUCGCAGACAGAGUCGAAUGUAUUUCCCUGCUCCUCAGUCACGGAGCUCAUGCCAACAUUGCUGACACGCACACGCGAAGGACGCCGCUGAUGAUGGCAGCUCUCAAUGGGCAAACGAACGCCGUGGAGGUGAUGGUUAGCAGCAACAAAGCAGACUUCACUCUGCAGGACACCGACAGGAACACAGCCUUACACUUGGCUUGUAGCAAGGGUCAUGAGACGUGUGCCUUGUUGAUCCUGGAUAAAAUAAGAGAUAAAAAUCUCAUCAACUGCACCAACGCCUCUCUGCGCACGCCGCUCCACGUUGCAGCCAAGAAUGGUUUAACAGUGGUCGUCCAGGAACUGCUGGGAAAGGGAGCAAGCGUGCAAGCGGUGGAUGAGAAUGGAUACACACCUGCUCUGGCCUGCGCCCCCACCCGCGAUGUUGCCGACUGCUUGGCGCUCAUCCUCAACUCCAUGAUGCCUGCCUCCCCCAUGGUCACCAUAGCAACUCUGCCUCCAUUUUCUCUUCCUCACACUGUUAUCAAUCAUCACCCUGUGUCCAAUCACGUCGCAAAGGGCAUGGCCUUUGAAACCAUGCCACCUCUGAGGCUGGACCGCGCGUCGUACUGCAGACCCGAGCGCCCUCUGUCCUGUAUCACUACUGACGAAGAACUGAACGACUCAGAUUCCGAGACCUACUGAGGACUGCUACCCCCCAACCCUGGUGUUGAAGGCCAGUGUGUUACUCAGGAGCCUUAACAGAUCACUGACAACUAGAAAACACAAAAGAGGGGGAAAAUAAAACUACAGUGUAGAUCUUUUUGAUAAACCUUUAAAUAAUGCAAUGCUUAUUCUCUCAAAAAUACAGUACACUACAUUUCUUUGAGACACCCUCUCUCAUAGCCAGUGGCGGGCCGUGCAUUUGGUACUUGGUCCUUUAGUGGGGACUUACCUGAUUUAAUCCACCCCUUAGUACCGCCACUUUCACAUCGCUAUUAUGGAAACCUUCAAUACUAUACAAGAUGUUUUUGUGAAGGGAAGCUCAGAGGACUAAGGAACCAAAAACUUGGAUAUUCUAAAUGGGACCCGGUAGACAGUGAUCGUGAUGAACCACUAGGAGGUUCUUAAUGAACCCUUGUAUGAACAGAGGAACAAGAAUACCUGAAACAGGGAGUGGAUGGAACCUCUUUUUAUGAAGGAUUGGUGUGGAAUCAGCAGCCCAACUACUUGAUGUUUGAGAUGUAACGGCUCACCAGCACUGACGGGUACACAUAUUUGCUCCCAAACCCUCCCUCCAGAACAAAGUCUAAUUUAGUCUCCGCCUCUUCGACUUCCUGUCCACAGGAGCUGGCUUCGGAACCUGCGCAACGGACCACUGCACACACCUUUGUAGUAUACCUGCACAGCAUAACGUCCGUUGACCCUGUGUGUUCCGGCAAAAGCUCCCAGUGCGUAGAGCUCAUCACUUUUGCUCUGCGGAGAACGCUGGAACUGCAAGCGGCAACAGAAAGCGCCGUCGCACACCAUAAGGUUGCCUUCUGUGCCGUUAAGCAAGGCAAAUUUGAAUGGAUCAUACAUCAUGGUGGAGGUGAAUGUGGAAGAGGGCAGUGGAGCGUCAUCAUGGUGACAGUAUCCUGAAUCUGUGGCAGUCUCUUUGACUCUGCCAUAUUCUGCGGCCACGCCCAACACGGGGAUCCUGGCCACCAGCAGGCGGCCCUCCUCGGGGUCUCCGGUCUGCGCGUGGUGGUAGGUGGCCGCAAAAGGAGUGUAGAUACCACUUCCUGUCAUGAUGAGUCGGUCGCUGCGAAUGUUGGCGGCGAGCAGCGUCACGUCGGCGCCCAGGCUGAACGCCCGCUGGAACUGGAUGGUGUCCAGGAGGGGCAGCUGGUUCAUCCAAGCCGUGGGGAAGAUCAGCUGACGCACACCCUGGAAGAUGAAGUCAAACGACUACUUCGGGCCAAAAUCAGGGUGACCUUGGGCUCGUAGAAGAGGAUGUCAAAGCAGGUGAUAAGACCAAACCUCCCAGCAAAGGGGGUCUCAAAACUGAUGAUCUCUGGCUGUGGCGGAGUGUCAAAUGCUUCCUCAAAAUAAAGAUUCUGCUUAUGGUAGCGUGCCACCAACAGUCCAUCGGACCUGCGUGAGGACAUUUUGUAGUCUCGACCACGUGCAUUUUGAAAAGGAUUGUAGAUGCUUUGCACCUGAAAACCACGUUGGCGUUGAACUGCCAGCGUCCGUCUGUGGGACAAGAAGAGGUGGGUUCUGUCUUCAGGGGGCAGGGCUGCACGUCGGCCAUGUUGGCCACCACGUAAAGGUUGUGGCGGCGAGCCAUGCAGCUCAACUGCUGCUGAACCUGGGAAGCACACAGCAGGCGUUAAAGGGAACGCCAAGCAAAGACAUUUACGGAAUGGUCUCCAAGUAGCCAGAAAUGGACAAACGGCUGAAGUUGAAACCCUGAAGACCAUCUUCUGGAAACACUACGAUUUGGGCACCCUGAUACACAAGGUUAGUGCAGUAAUUGUCGUACCUAAACUUCUAUUCAUAUUACUGCUCUAGUUCUUUAUUAUAACUUCUUAGUGAAAUAGUAUCGUAUCAUUAUGGCCAUUAAUUCAAUUGAAAAUUGUAAAAACAAAACAAAAAAACAAAAAGUCAUUUGAGGUGUCUAUGGUCCACACUGAGAAUCAUCCUUAGUAAAAGAUUAACUUUUAAAUGUCAGCAGAAAAUGUCAGUAAACACGAACGUGACAUAUGACGUUUCGAGGUCCUGAACGGCGAGUAAUGAACUAGUUAAGCCAUCACUCGGCUCAGUCACCGUAUUCCUUACGACCACUAAGUUAAUGUGUUAAAAAAGAAGGAAUAGAAAUAACUUUACCUAAGUAGAAUGAGUACAACAUUCUUCUCUUAUUGUUGUUGUUGCUACUGUUAUUAUUAUAUAUCUGGUUGUCUGUGUGAUAUGCAAAUCAAAAUAUACAGCAGAAUGCGAGUUGCAGUUCUUCUUGGGGAAUUAUAAAGAGUAUUUUUUUGUAAAAAUAAUACUUUAAAGUUGCAAUACCUGGCGGGCAGCCAGGGCCGCUUGCUCCUCGUAUACGGCAAGAUUUUUGCGCAUGUGUUGGAGGGCAUCCAGCCGAGAAAGUGGGAUAUGGGGGUCCGGAUUCAGGAUCACGCGGUGUUCGUAUACAGCGGCGACAUAUGUGGAGUCCCAAGAUGCCACCUCGGCUUGACCAAAGCCGAACGUGGACGCCCAAGCGACCAAAAAAGCAACAUACAGCAACAUGCUAACGGUUUGCGUUGCUCAUUGAAUUAACACUGACAUCGAGUAGUGCAGCCGAGAGGUCAGAAGUCCUCUCGGGAAUUACAGUUAAUGUAUAAAGUUGUGCGGGCGAAAACGUACAACCAUUUUACGUUUAGUGUCAACAACAAAAACAUAUUUUGAAAAGGUCAUAGAGGAAAGACGCCUAACUUAACCCGGAAGUAUAAUGUACUUCGAGUCGUUCUGUUUUUAGCAACUUUUUCACCAAAAAGCCACAUAGAAGCAAAUGUAGCUAAUUUUAAACACGUUAGAAAACUCAAACACUAAAACGCACGCACUUUCCCUUAAAAAGAAACAUUUUUACUGCCCGCUUAGUUGCAAAAGCUCCUUGUAAGUUGCUAAAUGUACUUGAUACGUUUAAACAGAAAUACGGAUACGAACAUAAAGAAUAAAUAUGAACAAAUCUAACGUGUUGUUUUCUACUAUUUUUACAAGUAAAAAUGUGAUGAGAAACAUAGUAAUCCAAUGGUCAUUGCGCCGUGACGUCAUCACGCAACGGCGACGUCUCCGUCAUUUAGCAACUUUAGCAACAAAUAGACCCACCUGAGAAUGAGUUAGAAUUGGAACAAAUGUGCCUCGUCGAAAAACAUGAGACAAGUGGAAUAUAUAUUCCAUACGUGUUCUUGCUGCGUGUUGUACACUCCGCGCAGCCUUUAAGCAGCUGUCGUUUACGCUAUUAGACGUUUCCGCGCGCCUUAGCUGUUAGCUUUAGCACAGAUACCGCAGCAAG